AUGUCGUCGAUAAUAAUUUUUCUUAGACCAAGUGUCCCCGUUUCUGUGGAACUGAAUCCGGAUUCAGCAGAGCUAUGCGAAUUGAACAGGACCGAUUCGAUGAGUACCGAACCGCCAGCUCCUGGAAUUUCUUCGAGCGAUAUUGUGACGAUCAACGUGAGUGGCCUUCGGUUCCAGACGACACUGAAGACGUUGCAGCGGUAUCCGAGCACGUUGUUGGGCAACAAACUGAAACGAGCGCCUUUUUACAACGCUGAUGCAAAUGAGUACUUUUUCGACCGUCACCGUUUGAGCUUCGAGGCAAUACUCUACUACUACCAGAGCCCAGGGCGGCUGCGGAGGCCGACUUCCAUUCCGGUUGACACGUUCGUCCGUGAGUUGAAAUUCUUCGAGAUGGACGACGAAGCAAUGCAGAUCUUUUGGGAGCACGAAGGCUACUGUAAACCUCCAAAGGAACCGCUGCCCAAAAAUCCGCUGCUAAGAAAGAUCUGGCUGUUUAUGGAAUAUCCGGAUUCAUCCUUCGCUGCGCGGUUCCUUGCUUUCUUCUCUGUGUUUGUCAUCGUCGUCAGCACAUUGUCCUUUUGUCUGGAGACAAUUCCAGAGCUGCGUAACACGUACGUGAACGUCAGCUCAGACCCGUUGGAGGAUCCGGACGAAAGAGAAGAUUUUAAGAAUCCGUUCUUCGUCGUCGAAAUGCUAUGCAUUUGCUGGUUCACGGUAGAACUCUUUUUACGGUUCAUCUCCAGUCCGUCGAAGCUGGAUUUCUGCAAAAGUUUCAUGAACAUAAUCGACAUGGUGGCGAUCCUUCCGUUUUUCAUCAACAUCGCCAUGACGAAGAAUGCUGGCUCAAGUAUGUCGUUCGCGGUGCUGCGAGUGUUGCGUCUGGUGCGCGUGUUUCGGAUAUUUAAGCUCAGUCGUCACUCGCGAGGCUUGCAGAUACUCGGAAAGACGGUGAAGGCCAGCGUCCAAGAACUGACUCUUCUGAUAUUCUUCUUAGGCAUUGGAAUCGUGUUGUUUUCGAGCGCCGUUUACUUCGUCGAAUCUGGUAUACCAGGCACUAAGUUCGAAAGUAUCCCUGCCGCCUUCUGGUACUCCAUCGUCACAAUGACCACCGUUGGUUACGGAGACCUGGUGCCUAUUGGACCCCUUGGCAAGUUGGUUGGGUCUCUAUGCACAAUAGUCGGUGUGUUGGUGCUUGCGCUUCCGGUGCCGGUCAUUGUGGCAAACUUCAAGCACUUCUACAGACAAGAAACAAGGCUGUCGUACAUGAAUACUCUGGGUGGAGAACCUUUGGAAGAAACGUUUUUGAUUGACGACAAAAGUCAGUCCACGGACUCCUAA